GUGGUGGUUGGCAAGGAAAGCUUUGCCCUUGAAGCCCAGCAUUCGCCACCUCCCUGGAGGGGGCUCCAGGUCUCCGCGGAGCCUCAGGGAGUACGAAUGAGUCCAGGAAUCUGAGGGACUCCUGUCAGCAGCGACAUUGGCUGGGCUGGGUGGGAGCAGGUGUGGGAUGGCCAGAGCUUCAGAGUGCAGCCAGCAGCGGGGCGUUGGGUCCUGCUUGUGACGGGCAGCAACUCAGGGUUCUGACUGUGACGCCAGUGGUUGCUCCAGAUUCUGCCCUGGCGGUGAUGGCAGCAGCCUCUGCCCCUUCGCUGGCGCGAUGUGGCCCCUGUUGGUGCUGCUGCUGCUGGGCUUGGCGAGCUGCGGUUCAGCUCAGCUAUUAUUUGUUAAAAUCGAAUCUGUAGAAUACACCAAUGAAAAUAAAACUGUUCUCAUCCCUUGCUUAGUCACUAAUGUGGAGGCAAAGAGCCUGAAAGAAAUGUUUGUAAAGUGGAAAUUAGGAGAUAAACACAUUUUCUACUACAAUGGAGAUAAAAAUGAAUCCAAACCAAUCAGUGAAUUUUCCAGUGCACACAUCAUACCAGACGCACUACUAAAAGGAAAUGCCUCUUUGAUGAUGGACAAGAGCCAAGCUGUCCCAGGAAACUACACUUGCGAAGUAACAGAAUUAACUAGAGAAGGCGAAACCACCACAGAACUAAAAUAUCGUGUUGUUAAAACUCAGCUAUUAUUUACUACAAUCAAAUCUGUGGAAUACACCAAUAAUAAUAAGACUGUUCUCAUCCCAUGCUUAUUCACUAAUUCGGUGGCAAAGAGCCUUAAAGAAAUGUUUGUAAAGUGGAAAUUCAGAAAUAAAUACAUUUUCUACUAUAAUGGAGAUAGAAAUGAAUCCAAGCCCACCAGUGACUUUUCGAGUGCAUACAUCGUACCAGGUGCACUAUUAACAGGCAGUGCCUCUUUGAUGAUGGACAAGAACCAAGCUGCCCCAGGAAACUACACUUGUGAAGUAUCAGAAUUAACUAGAGAAGGCAACACCACCACAGAACUAAAAUACAUUGCUGCUUCAUGGUUUUCUGCAAAUGACCAUAUCCUUAUUAUUAUUUUCCCAAUGUUGUCUGUGCUUAUGUUCUGGGGAAGUGAUAUUGUGAUACUUAAAUAUAAUUCCAAUAUUACGAAGGAGAAAAUCAUCAUUUUAUCUGUGGCUGGACUAAUUCUCAGUAUAUUAGUCAUUGUUGGAGCCAUUUUCUUCAUCCCAGGUGAAUAUUCAAGAAAGAGGGCCAGUGGGCUUGGUUUAAUUGUAAUACCUACAGUAAUAUUAAUAUUACUUCAGAUGUAUAUGUUCAUGAUAGCUCCAGCUAAUGGGAAACGCACCAUCAGCAUCAUCUUAUUCAUUGCUCAGGUGCUGGGCCUUUUGAUCUCUCUGGCCGGACAAAGCCUCUGUGUCUCAGAGUGCACCCCAGUGCAUGGUUCUCUUCUGAUUUCAGGCUUGGGUAUUACAGCCUUAGUGGCAUUUCUUGGAUUAGUUUAUAUGAUAUCUGUUGCUCUAGUCCAUUCUGCCCUCCCUCUGCUGGAUCCCAAGCAGGUUCCAAGCAGAAUACUAUACAGCCUAGUAGGAUAAAUUAAUUGAAGAGAUGAACUCUGACUUGCAGAGAAGUAAGAUGUGAAAGGAAUGCACUUUCAUUUAAGGACCUUGGCCUUGACUCACUCACUGUUCAAGAGAAGAAAAGUGACUCUCAUCUACAAGAGAAAGUAAAUCAUUGAGUUUUAAACAGAUAUUACAGUUAAGUUUCUACUCAAAACACUUGUAAUUAAGUUAAUAAAAGUAUUAUGAUCUAU